AUGGCUUCCCAAAAAGGCCAAGGUGUUGACAUAACCAGCCUUUCGCCUCAACAAUUAAGCCAGGUGAAGAAACAAUUCGAAGAAGAGCUUACCCAUCUAUCGAACUCUUUCACCCAGUUGCGGGCCGCACAAGCGAAGUUCCGGGAAUGUCUAAAGUCUAUAGCAGGAGGUGUGACGGCGAAAGUUAAAGGGAAUCCGAUCUUGGUGCCACUAACUGCAUCGCUAUAUGUACCCGGCACAUUGGCAGAUGCGGAGAAUGUCAUUGUGGACGUUGGAACUGGGUUUUAUGUUGAAAAGAGCACGAAAGAUGCCAAUAAAUUUUACGAAGGCAAGGUUGAGGAGCUUGGUGGCAAUCUGAAAGCGCUGGAGAAAAUAUUACAAGAGAAGACGGAUGGCCUACGGCUUAUUGAAGAUGGUCCUCAACGCCAAUUCCACUUCUUGAUACCCGUCUGCGAAAGGAGAGAUGCCUGGACAUUGGAGAAUGAUCUGGAAUAG